AUGGUUAAGACAAAUACAAAAAUAAUCUUCAUUUUGUUUUUUGUUUUCCUAUUGGAGUCUCUUGGAAGUGCACAUGAUGGUGGGAAGAUAAAUAUUCUUGAAGAAGAAAUUUUGUCAGAUUUUGAUGACAUAUUUUAUAAUGAAGAUGAAGAUGAAGAUGAAAUAUUUGAUGUAUGGAGAAAUGGUAGAGGCAAUAAAAAUCUUGUUAAUGUUGAUACUUGUGGUGCAGUUGGUGAUGGAACUUCAGAUGACACUAAGGCAUUUGAAGAUGCAUGGAAAGAAGCUUGUUCAAAACGAAGAUCAGUUUUUAUGGUCCCUUCAGGACGCACUUAUCUAGUAAAUGCAACCAAGUUCAAUGGACCUUGUGCUAACGGAUUGAUCAUCCAGGUUGAUGGAACCAUAGUAGCACCAAGUGAUCCAGAAAAUUGGGAUCCAAAGAGUCCCAAAGCUUGGCUUGUGUUUUCCAAUUUGACAGGAGUUACAUUUCAAGGAAAUGGAAUUAUUGAUGGAUCAGGCAGCAAAUGGUGGGAAGCAUCAUGCAAGAAGAAUAAGUCCAAUGCUUGCAAAUCAGCACCAAGAGCAUUAACCAUAGAUUUAAGCUCAGGUAUAAGGGUGAAAGGACUUACAUUCCAGAAUAGCCAACAGAUGCAUUUUGUAAUUUCACGAUCAAAUUCUGUACGCGUAAAUGGUGUCAAGGUUUCUUCUCCUGGAGAUAGUCCUAAUACUGAUGGAAUUCAUAUAAGUGAAUCAACAAAUGUUGUACUCCAAGACUGCAAAAUUGGGACAGGUGAUGAUUGUAUAUCAAUUGUAAAUGCUAGUUCCAAUAUCAAGAUGAAGAAUAUCUACUGUGGUCCUGGCCAUGGAAUCAGCAUUGGGAGCCUUGGUAAAGACGAUUCCAUCGGUGUAGUGAACAGAGUAGUUCUGGAUACAGCAUUCCUCAAAGGUACCACAAAUGGCCUCAGAAUCAAAACAUGGCAGGGAGGAUCAGGUUAUGUUCGAACAGUUCGAUUCCAAAAUGUACAAAUGGAAGAUGUUUCGAACCCAAUCAUUAUAGAUCAAUUCUAUUGCGACUCACAAAAGCCUUGUCAAAAUCAGACAUCUGCAGUAGAGAUAAGUGAAGUACUCUAUCGUAACGUUAGUGGAACAACAAAGAGCAAAAAGGCGAUGAAAUUCGCGUGUAGUGACACUGUGCCUUGUAGCCAUAUUACUCUGGACAAUGUUAACUUAGAGGCAAGAGAUGGCACUGCUGAAGUAUACUGUAACUCUGCCACGGGAAUUAUAGCUGGUUAUGUUCAUCCAGAAGCAGAGUGUCUUAACUCAAAUGACAAGAAAAAUGAGCAGAAAAUUGAAGAAUGUAAUGUUCAUGAUGAACUAUGAUUUAGGUUCAUUUGUCUUCAAUCUAUAAUGAAUAUUGAAGCAUAUAUUUUGAUGGUUACAAAGCAAAUAGUAUUGUAAGUAUUCAUUUCUGUUAUCUCAGAUUUUGAGAUUCCUAGCUUAGAUAUAAGCUAGAUAAAUAUUGUUU